UUCGAAACGCACAACGAGGAAACCCAAAGCCCUCUCUCUCCUACUCUCUCUCACUCUCCCCGACCAUCUCUGCUCUCUCCAUCCCUCCUGAAACCUAUCCACUAAUCCUUGCAUCGCCGGAAAGGACACCAUUGCUUCAAAUUGACGGCAUUAAAGAGGACACGGUCUUCUUCUCUUACCUUGGACAGAGAAAACCGAUUCGAUUGGGAGCUGCCGAUUGCACCGCUGCCAAUACCUUCACUGCCGCUUUUAGUUUUUGCUUGAGACACCUUACAGGAAAUUCGCAAAAUGCAGCAGCCAGGGACGAUGUUCUCGGUCUUAUCGCCAUUUCCCCCUACAAAUAUUACCACCGAACAGAUUCAGAAGCUACGAGUGAGACUGAGUUGGACUGAAUACAAGUACCUUGACGAGAACAAGAAGCUAAUAUUGGCAAUUUUGGAUAAUCAAAAUCUUGGCAAACUUAAUGAAUGUGCACAGUACCAGGCUCAACUUCAAAAGAACUUGAUGUAUUUGGCUGCAAUAGCUGAUGCCCAGCCUCAAACCCCGGCAAUGCCUACUCAGAUGCCUCCUCACCCUGCAAUGCACCAAGGAGGGUUUUACAUGCAGCAGCCCCAGCAGCCCCAGCAGCCCGGUUUAUUUCCUUCGAGGGCAACCUUCAAUAGUCCGCACCCAUUGCAAGAUCCUCACUUGCAGCAACAUCAAGCCCCGCCUCACCUGCAACCUCCCCAAGCUCAAAUGUCUUUGAGGUCUGUGGGUCCUAACAGCGGCGUAAACCCCACUCUUAAUGACACAAAUCUUGGAGGGGUCAGCAGCAGUGGAGUUCCAACUUCGAAUUCAGGCCUAAAUGAUGCGCGCGGAGGAAAUAAUAAAGAUAAGCCGGAUGGGAAUUCAGAUGCAGCAGGAAAUACAGGUGGUGGAGAUGGAGAACAAGCAAAAUAAUGGCCCAGCCGAAGAACCGGCUGGAUUUCAUGUAAGCGCUUGUUUAUAGUUUCCUCCUCGUUUGUGUUAGUUUCUUUUGGUUUCUAUGUUCGACUUGAGAUGAAAGAAUUAGCCCUCUUUGUUUUUCUUCUUUUUUUAAUUUUUGUAAACUUGAAGUUGUAGCAGUACUGUGUUGAAUGAUGUUCUAUCUUCUCCUUUAGAUGCAAAAUAGAGGACAAAGGUGCAGAUUAGGGUAAUGCCCCUUCGUAUCUUAAUAUAUAUAUAUAUAUAUAUGAUGGGACUUCGACAAGUUCUUUCGAUCUU